GGCAAAAGAGAAUGACACAUGUGCUGUUUCCUUUUCCAGUUGUAAAGGGGUCAGGAGCCAGGCAAGGAGAGCCCGAACAAGAGGAGCAUUUUCCUGGGUUCUUCCAGCUGUUCUGUUCAAUCCCGCCGUCAGUUCUGAGCAGGGAAGAGAGACUGUCAACACAAAUAAGGCAUUUUUCAAAGGCGUAAAUUAUGAGUUCCCAAAACAAUGCGACAUCUCAACCACAUGGAGAAGUGGAGAGCCCCACAGCUGGAGCAGAUGUGGCUGUUAUUGGAGGUGUGAUUGCUGCCGUGGUGUUUGUCCUCAUUUGCCUGCUGGUGGUGAUGGUCCGGUACAUGUACAGGCACAAGGGCACCUACCACACCAACGAGGCCAAAGGAACUGAGUUUGCCGAAAGCGCGGAUGCCGCGUUGAAAAAUGACCCUGCUCUCCAGGAAGCAGUGGAUGAGAGCAAAAAGGAAUAUUUCAUCUGAGAGGCAAGGAUUUCCAUGGAGACUUCCCCAAGGGAAUCAAUCAGAAAUAUAAUAUCAACAGAAGUACUAAAAGAUGGAUAAUAUGAGGAUACAGGCGAGCAUCCUAAUUGAAAAGUAUCUCUUUAUGAUUUUUUGUCACUGGGUUGUUUCUUUUCCUCUAGCAGUGAAGAACUAAAUGCCAGAUACUUGCCUGUUGAUUUUAUUAGCAACACAGCUGGUCACAGUUGAAAUCAAUAUCAGAUAAGAAGAAACAAAAUCUCAGUAUGAGUGAUACACCAAAACCAGAUAAAGAUAGCAAAUGUCAAGCCUUGACAUUUGGUGAAAAUAGCAGAUGCCAAAUGAAAACAUCCUCUUAGAGAUAAUGAUGCAUCCUAUUCUGAUAUGAUGAACUACCUGAAAUUAAAUUUCAAAUGUAACAGAACAAACAUUAAACUAGAUAAAGGUGAUCUAGCUCAAAAAAUUAAAUGUAUAGCCCAGAUAUCCCCUUCAUCCCUUAAAUGUGCAUUUUUAUUGGCACAAGGGAGUUUAUUUUGUUUGGGAUUUUGGGAUUUACACUGGGAUUUUUUUUUUUAUUUUUGAAUUUUAUACAUAUAUAAAAAUCAAAGACACUUCAAAGAAAUAAAACUCUUGGAAAACAUUAAAAAGGUAAGAGUGAAGGAUUUAUUACUGACUUUCUCUAUAUGGCAGCUUGAGAACUGCAAAAUGUUGGAAUUUACAUAAUAGUAUAUAAUAGUCAGUAGACGUACAAAUAUGAUUCCAAUUAGUCUGUAGGUUUUGUGCACACAUGCAUAAAUAGAUAGAUAUUAAAAGAUAAAAAGAUAAAUCCUGGUUCAAGCAGGCCCUUUGAAACAAUGGAGCUCAGCUACAUUUUUUUCAUGUAAGAUAUUCUUUGCCUGAAUAUUUAUUUAUUUAUUUUGCAUUAGAAAAUUCUCUGAGUGCCCACCAGCAGGAUUUUGGAAUUCAGUUCUGCUGCAGAUAUGAGUACAUCUUUCACAAAUGCAACCCUAUGACUGUCACUAUAAAGAAACUUGUUCAUCUGCAUCCCACUGGCUCUAUUUCUCACUCUGUAUGGCUUCUGUGUAUCCUUUGCAGUGUGCUAGACCAGAGAAUUACACUGACAUCAAUGCUGUAUUAUAAAUAAAUAAAUAAAUAGAUUAUUCGUGGUGGGUCACAUAAAAAGAUCUUAUUCCUCACCUAAGAAUCAACACUGAUGAGUUUCUUUACUCCAGUAAGUUGGCUUCCUAAUUGAAGCCCACAAUUACCUCCAGAAAUAGGAUAAUUGUUCUCUGCACCUGCUCAUCCACAGCUGUCAUGGUGCCCUGGACCGCUGAAAAUAGAGGUGGAGAAAUUCAAGAUAACAAAUAAGAUACUGAUGAGCUCUGCUGAAGUUGAUAUAUUUUUUUCCAAUGCUUUGAUCUAUGUUUGUGUGUACAUAUAUAUAAAGUCAUCUACAGCUGUGCUUUCAAGACACUGCUGCUGAUCACUUGUGCUCACUUCUUGGCACCAAAGCCUGGAAAGCUCCUGGACUCCGGCGUUCAUUACUGACAUUGGUCUCAAAAAUAUUGUUAGAGAUCUGAGCAAGGCAAGACUGAGGACUCAACUGAAGAAACACAAUAUUUUUUUCUUUCAAUCACAAUCUCAGUCUUUUGUCAGUACUUGAAGUAAAUGGACUCUGAAUUAUUUUUAGAAUCCAAAUCCCUUUAAUUUUGAAUCUUAAAUCCACGUGUUAGCAUUUUAACCAAAGAAUGUGAAUUUAUGAAAUGCUUAAGUUACUUUCUGUAGCAUACCAUUGCAGAAUCACAUUGUAUUCUGUGGCUAGUGCAGUAUAAAAUUCACAAAACACAGUACUGACAGAGCUCAAAUAUUUUGAUAUUAUGCACUUGACUGUCUUCUUCUUCUUUGAGCCAUUAAUAUUUUAAUCAUUUUGCUACUUUUGAAAUAGGAACUAUUUUAUUUCUCCAGGACAAGUGUUAGAAAAAAAUCACUUAUCUUAACUGUAAGACUGAGUUUCUAAAACUGAAGACCCCUGACCCUCCAGUUCAAUAAAGAUGUAAAUAUUUCCUCUGAGAAAAGGAUAACUGGGGUGACCUGAGCUCUGCUGCCUCUCCCACACAAAGUGUGGGAACACCAAAGAACUUUCCUCCAGCCUUAGCAGGAUCUAAAGAGGACUACCAGUCUUUCAUGCAUUCAGAAAUUAUUAAUAUUAUUAGAACUGUUAAAGUAAAUAGACUUUAGAGAAAAUUGUGAUGGACAUAGCAAAUAAAUUCUUGCCUCUGUCCCCAGUCAUGAAAUUCUGGCUUUUGCAAGUUGAUCCUGCAGAUCUUAAUCAGACACCUGUGUCUUACCUGUUACACACAGGAACAUGACUUAGUGUUUCUUUUGGUGUGGGUGUGAGGUUUUAAUUAUGAGGUAGACUUAGACAAAGUGCCACACUGGAAUUGUAGAGGCCAGAUUUUCUGGUGGUAUAGCAUGAGUUCAGCUCAGCCAACUCUUACCAGUUCAGUCAACUUCAGACUUUGUGUCAUUGCUUCCCUUAAAUCUCAACUGAAUACAACUUCUAUAUCUCUUCUUAAUAGCUUAAUUAACAAUCUUUAUCCCAUUUUCCCUAUUUAUCUGGGCUGACAAACAGUCCAAGCAUUCAGGAACAGCUUCCCUAUUGAUAAUGAGCCACUUUGAAUAGUUGGGCAGCAGCACUUUUUUCGUGAGCUCUGGUUUCAGUGAAUUUAUUUCUUUACUGUGUCCUUCUGGGCUUCGGGGCCUUCUGUAUUUACAAAUUACUCAAGCACAUUCAAAAGAGAGAAGAAAUGGUUUCUGAAGGUUUUCUGCUUCUUUGUUUUCUUCAGGAAAAUCUUUGCUUUGUAAUGAAGCUCAUGAUACCUGAUGACUGGCAGAUUCUGAUGGCAUCAUCCUGUUUUUCACUCAUACAAUAACUUUACUGUCUUGAAUCAUUCAAUUUAGGUGUAAAAAGGGUGAAUUACAAACUUCCUAUAACUUUUGCAACUAAUUAGCAAAACAUCCUUCUGCAAGCAGCAUGCUGUGCUAAAACAAACCUUGUGUACAACGCUGAGACAUCUCAGCUGGCAGCCGUAGCUUUUCAUCACUGAUGGUUAAAUGAUUUUUAAAAUUUGCUUCCUGAAUAAAAUAAUAAAUGAAACAGAUUCUUCUUCCCCCACAUACUUUUAUGUGGGGUCCCUCUAAUGCUGUGGCCUGCUGUCCUGCAGCUCUUUGAUGCCCCAUCUUCUCAGCUGUGGCUGCUGUUCUUGCAGCUUGCAGUCCCCCAGCUCCCACCUGGAUCUCCACUGAUUCUCUGUGGCAAAGGAUUAGCCAUUUACUCAUAUAUUUAUCUAUCUAUUUCUAUUGAUGAAGGUGCUCUGCCCCUCUCUGCUAGCCAAUAAUAAUUUUCAAAAAGGUUUUAGGUUUGGAUUGCCAAUCCUAUGUCAAAUUUGAGCAAAUCUGGCCAAUCUGACCUGAGACAGAUUUACAGAGUGAUCACAUAUGCCAUGUUUUUACAGACAACAGGUCUAAAAAUAGCACUGCAAGUUCUGUAGUUGUUAAAUUUAAUGCUAUAAAUCUCCAGUGAUCAUCUCCAGUUUUUCUCCCUAAACAAGGGACCAUUAUGAUGAUCCCUCAAGCCAAUUGAAUUUGUCCUCAUGCCUUAAUGCCCUGUGAAAACUUGUUGAAUCCUACUUUGCAUGGGAAGUCUUAGGUCCACAUUUACAAGUAUAAUUUUAUAGUGAUGUAUGGGAAAGCAGUGCACCAAAAUUACCAAUAUUUGCUGAAGUUGUCAGACAGAAAAUAAAUAUGAUCCUGUGGGAACAUAGGAUAUUUUUUUAAGAUGUAUGGAAAUGAAAAGAAUUAAACAUGGUAUUUCUGGUGACAUUAGUGAGCUUUAAGAGUGGGUUCAUGAAGCUUUCAAAUUCUUUGACUGAUAAAAAUAAUCCCUUGCAAAGGGAAAUUAUCUCCUUUUAAACCAUUUCUUUUUGUCAGUCUUUGAAAAAAGUUUUCAGAGAUUCAAUAUUCUGACAUUCUGUCUUAACAUCUAGAACUCAAUUCCUUCUAAUUUUAUGAGCAUAACUGACAGUCCUCCCUUGCACAAAAGUGGCUGCUUGCCCAUCUCAGCCUCUGAAGCAUCAUUACAGCUCAGCAGAGUAAUUCUGUCUGAAAUAAGUCAGUCCCAACUGUGUAUCUGGCCAGCCAGACCAUGGACCUGGUAUACAUUUUCUUUUCUGGGGUUUGGUGUCUAUGGUUCCAGGUGUUCCCCAGCUCCAAUAUGCCUUUGCACAUUAAUACAGACACAAGGAGAAUUCAGUCAGCCACUUGUCAAGGAAAUGAGACAUAUAUAGAUAUACAUAUGUGUGUGUAAUUUUUUUUCUUUUUAGAAUACCAAGACCAAAUCACUUUGGGAUACUGUUAAAAAUAGGACUAUGGGAUUUCUCAGAACAUCAAGUUUUCUCUUAAAUCAAAUCUAAGAAUCACAGGGGUAUAUCAGUACAUGGAGAUAAAAAGGACUAUUUUCUUUCAACAAGGAAUGCAGACAAAGUGCUGAAACAUUUAUAGUUCCUGGAUAAGCAGAAAAGAACUGCACCAGUUAAAGCCUGCAAGGAUUCCUCACAGAACAGAGGAAACACUGAGACAAGAUGCUGAGAAAAAUCAGUAAUAAAGAGAAAGUAAAAAUAAGAGCAAGAGAAGGUAAUCUGAUUGCUAUAGGGAUGGAGAGAAGUUUUUUUUCAAACAAAAUAGAUAUUCCUAUUUGGAGAAAUCAGUGUAUUUUCUCACUGUAACUGCUGACAACAAAUUUCUUUGAAUUAUAGAUGUUUUCUUUGAAUUAAAAGAGAUGUUUGGAUUCCUUAUGUGUGCAAGUCCAAUCAAAAAACGAUGGUACAUACAUACCAACAGAACACUCACAUUAAAUGUAUUAAAAGCUGUUUAUUGCAUUUUCUAAAGUCUCUUGUUCUUCACAUGAGAAAUCUUUGUCUGUUUAGAAAGUGCAAAAGCAGCAGUUCAUUCAGGACAGAAUACUAAAUACCUGAACGAGCAAUGGACCCACAUCUGAUGUCUGAAAAUUUGGGUAAAUAAAGGAAGCUAACAAUAUCAAAAUAAAACCUAGAUGCUGAGCAAAAAUUCCAACCAUAUUACAAAGAAAUGAAACGUUUGUUGUAGUAGAGAUUCUUCUCUAAUUCAAGACAGUAGUAUUGUGACUGAAAAGAAGGAAUCCUUAUUUUAUGUACCCAUUCUCUGUGUGGUUGGGACAAAAUCCCAUUGAAUUCCGCAGGACAAGUAAUUGAUUGACCAUAUUUAUCCUUCCUGCGAAAAAAUUGUAUUUCCAUGCAUGCCAGAAAGAAGCAUAUUAAAUUAAAAUACAAUCUUUAUAAGUGCUGAGCUUUCAGCAUAACUUCUUGCCUUCACACCUUUUCUGUUGUUUUGAACUGUGUGUAUGUUGGAAAGCAUCUGAUAUGUUGUACUAAAGUCUAUUUGGAUUGCAGCAUUGCAAUGAAAAGAAUAGAGAAAAAGAGCAUCCAAAUCUUACUGCUGAUUUUAUAUUAAAGCUGACUAUAAUGUUUGUAUUUACCAAAGCUAUUAAUACACUGAUGGUGUAAAUCUACUCUAUUUUGAAUGGAAAAAAAAGUGAAGAAAUUAAUGACUUUAUAAUUAAAGUUGUAAUUUUCAGCA